GUUUAGGCAUUUUGUGUUGUAUGUGUGGUGCAGUGUUAUUUCUUCUUCAUUUUUAUAGCAAAACAAAUUUUUAAUAAAUAAAAACAUUAAAAUUUAAUAAUAAAAAGAUCAAGAAUUACUUUAGUAAACAAAUAAUUAACACAAACAACAAGAAAAAUGCAUGACGUGGGUAGUUUUCAAAGAAUUGAAAAAAUUGGCGAGGGCACUUAUGGCAUUGUUUAUAAGGCGCGAGAUACCAAAACUGGCAAGGAUGUAGCUCUUAAGAAAAUACGUUUGGAAAGUGAAACUGAGGGUGUACCCUCUACAGCUAUACGAGAAAUUUCUCUGCUAAAAGAUUUACAACAUGACAAUAUAGUGCAAUUAUUUGAUGUUGUAGUUGCCGACUCAAGUCUUUAUAUGGUAUUUGAAUAUCUUAAUAUGGAUUUGAAAAAAUUAAUGGACAAAAAGAAGGAAGUAUUUACACCAAAAUUAAUAAAAAGUUACAUGUUUCAAAUGUUUGAUGCCAUUGCAUUCUGUCAUACAAAUCGUAUUUUGCAUAGAGAUUUGAAGCCACAAAAUUUACUGGUAGAUGCGGCCGGAAAUAUUAAGUUAGCUGAUUUCGGUUUGGCCAGAGCCUUUAAUAUGCCUAUGAGAGCCUACACCCAUGAAGUUGUUACGUUAUGGUAUCGUGCUCCGGAAAUUCUUUUGGGUACAAAAUUCUAUGCCACUGGUAUGGAUAUAUGGAGUUUGGGUUGCAUUUUCGCAGAAAUGAUAAUGCGACGUUCUUUAUUUCCCGGCGACAGUGAAAUUGAUCAAUUAUACAGAAUAUUUCGAACUCUAGGCACACCUGAUGAGGAAACAUGGCCUGGUGUAUCACAAUUGCCAGAUUAUAAAGCCAAAUUUCCCAGAUGGGAAAAAUCAAAUGUACCAGAAAUUGUAGCUAAACAUGAUGGUUAUGAACUCUUUAAGGCCAUGAUGGUUUAUGAUCCCAAUGAAAGAAUAUCAGCUAAAAAUGCAAUGCUUCAUCCCUAUUUCGAUAAUUUAGAAAUAGUCGAUCAUGUUGACUUACCUAGAGAAACAUGACUAUAUUAAUAAUAAUUCCACAUCUUCGACCUCGCAUUUUCCCUAGUUGCAUUUAAAUAAAUUUAUUAUAUUAACCUACGUACAUAUAUGAAUACUAAUUGUAAGUUGAGUUUAUAACUAUUAAUAGUUGACUUAUUUAUUAACUCAUAGUUAUAUAAAUCUAUAAAAUUUUAAUGCGUAUAUUUUUAAUACUUUUUUUUAUAGAAUAUCAAGAAUAAAUUAUACAAAAUUUAAAUCAA